GGUAAGUGGACCCAGAUCUGAUGAAGCACAGUAUGUUGUAAUAUAAGUAUUGUUAUUGUGAUUUGUAUACGCUAGAAUUUCCUACUUAAAUAGCAAUGUGGCGUGCUCUCUUGUGAGUUUUCCUCUCCAUCCUCAGUACAGGCACAUUCUUGUCUCAUUCCUUACCCGGCCAUCACUAUCAUGACCGUUGGACAACCAAAGACGGCGCUAUCCGCUACCCGGGAGAAGCCCGGAAUCCAUUCGGUAAGUGAAGGCGCAAAGGAUGCCUUCAAUCAUCUCUUGAAAUCCGUCAAGACAGAGCUUCCAAGAGGGUUCCUACGAUACUCCGAGAAUGUCAAGUUCUUGAGAUAUUCUCGUACCGGGGAUACGCCGUGUUUUCCGUGCCCCUUGCGUGAACAAGAAGCAGUAGCAGCACUUAAAGCAUUGGAAGGAUGCGCCGCUGCUGCGAUUGCAGAUAUCCGGGGGGAGAAACGUGAGAGAUCGAUUGGCGUCACCCUAGAACGUGUGACAUCCUUUUUAAUGUCUACAUAUCUCACCAAUAUCGACGGCUUGGAUAAAUGCAACCCCAAAGUCAAGGAACGAAUUCCGAACACCGAUCUAAACCAAGCUCAGUCAAAUCUAUAUCGGCGCCUAUCAGCAGGCCUAUACGAAACAAGGAACCGGGGCGAGUACUAUCACAUCCACGGAUCAUUGGAAGCCACCAAAUCCCUAAAGAUGAUUGGUCUUCCUGCUUUUUCCCCCGGUCUAACAGAUUACCGUGAUUGUAUUAGCACUAUCGAGGGGGCAGUCAGGCAGUUUUCCGGAGCUGAAUUAGAAAAGCUGAAUCGAGAAUACCGUCAGGCAGGUGCCCCCGUCCUCACCAAUGAAAAGUUCCAGGAGAGCGACCAUGGCCAAUCGAUGGCAUCUCUUCCAUUAUUUACCGUAAAGCCCUUGAGCAUUGACACGCCACCUGUCCCAUUUACGGAGCAAUCCAUUUACGGGCCAGGUCAGUGUCUGCAGGGACUUCGUGUUAUCGAACUGUGUCGGGUAAUUGCAGGACCAACCAUUGGUCGAUCCCUAGCAGCGCAUGGUGCCUCUGUCUUGAAGGUUACAUCGUCGCAGUUACCAGAUGUCCCAUUCUUCCAAUUGGAUGUCAAUAUCGGGAAACACACGACAUCAUUACAUCUCAAAAACGCAGAGGAUGUCGAGGUUUUCGAGUCUCUCCUCGAGACAGCCGAUGUGAUCAUCGAUGGGUACCGACCGGGCGUUAUCGCGAGGCUCGGUUAUCGUCCCGAGGAUCUUGCAGCGAAAGCGGCUCAACGCGGCAGGGGUAUCGUCUAUGUGGCAGAGGACUGCUUUGGCGGUAUCGAAAUUGGCGCCGAAUGGGCGGGCCGUCCGGGUUGGCAGCAAAUCGCCGACUGCGUCACAGGCGUGGCAUGGGAGCAAGGUAGGUUCAUGGGACUCAACGAGCCGGUCAUCCCACCUUUCCCCAUGUCCGACUAUGGCACAGGGUGCGUCGGUACUGUUGCGGCGCUCUCGGGAAUCUAUCGUAGGGCUACGCAAGGUGGUAGCUGGAUUUGUCGAACUAGUCUAUCGCAGUACGACAUAUUCCUUCUAUCUCUCGGCACGUACCCGACUGAGGUCCAGAACCAGCUACGCCGCGAGCACGGUCCUAACUUUUUUGAGCUACGUCACAAUGAUUCUGUUGACGAGAUUAGCCGGCGAGCCCUAGCCAGUGUCAAGUCGCUGCAUCCGACGCUCUUUGCUAGCCAUCUCAUGCAGAGCGCGUAUAGCGAAGGGUUCGGCGGCAUUGUAGCCUGGCCGAAAGAGCCACUAGCAGUGAGUGGAAUUCAGAUCGGCUACGUGAGGCCGACACGACCGAAUGGCUAUGAUAAGCCUACUUGGGAGCAUUGGGAGAGAGACGAGUCUCUAUUGGAUGCCUGAUAUAUUGUUGCCCAAACGGAAGCUUGCUUACUGAUGGUUUACGAAGGAUAUGAUGUGGUCACACGGCAGUAGCGGCGGUUUUCGUGCCUUUUUUAUCAUAGCGGGCGUCGUGGUAUCAGUUGUAACUAGCGUUGCAUGAAGAUGCGUGUGUUAUAUGAAGUCAGCAGCUGGGGGUUAUCAUCCCCAGUGUGAUAUUGAAAAUGUAUCGCCACUAUUGAGAAUAACAUCAUACACGUACGCUAUUUCCUUACGGUCAUCUUCUAAUAUAACGCUCUCUUGAUAUCAUGCUCUAGACGAUAUAGCGAAU